AUGUCAAGUUACGCCUCUCUCACCGACCCCAAGGCCUACCACAUUCUUGCGUAUGGCACUCUGCUUGGAAGCACGAUGUUCCAGACAUUCAUUGCCGGACCGGUGGCGUUCAAAGCGCUUCCUAGACCAUCCUUUAGCAGUCUGCAAUCAGCGAUUUUCCCCGUGUUCUUCUCGAUCCAGUCCGUACUGCCUGUCGUGUUGGCAUUAACCUGGCCCGGAAAGAAGGUCCUCGAGACUGCUGGCGGUCUUGCGGUGCGAGAGGGUGCAGGGCUAAAGGGGCUCUUGCAGAAUGAUAACUUCUGGACGGGACUGAUCCCUGUGGCGAUUAUGUUCGGUACGGCCUUCAUCAAUUUGACCGUGUUCGGACCCACCACAAUGAAGGUCAUGAAGGAAAGGAAACACCAAGAAACGAAAGACGGCAAGAGAUACUAUGAGGCGGGCCCCAAAUCACCUGAAAUGCAACGAUUGAACAAGAAGUUUGCUACAUUGCACGGUAUCUCAUCUUUGAGCGACCUCGUGGGACUUUUCGCCAUGAUCUACUACGGAUUUGUCAUUGCCGAGCAGAUCUAG